ACUCCGCCCAUCUCGUUCGUUUUCGAGAAUCGAGCCAGCUGUUCUGUUCUGUUGUUGUCGUGUGCUAUCGUCUGUUCUUAUCCGUCACUACAUUGAUGAAUUACUUUAAGAAACAUCAGUUACUUAUUUGUUUAUAAAACCUUUCAACUAGUUAUUACUUCUUAAAUUACUAACAUGCAAAGUGUAAUCAAUAGUGUGAAGGGUACUGCUCUGGGAGUUGCAGAGUACUUGUCUCCAGUUCUCAAGGAAUCAAAAUUUAGGGAGACCGGAGUUUUGACACCUGAAGAGUUUGUUGCUGCUGGUGACCAUCUUGUUCAUCAGUGUCCAACAUGGCAGUGGGCCACUGGUGAUGAGGCAAAAGUUAAAAGUUAUUUACCCCCAAAUAAGCAAUUUUUAAUAACUAGAAGCGUACCUUGUUCACGAAGAUGCAAGCAGAUGGAAUAUUGCGAUGAUCAUGAGAAAAUUAUUGAAGCUGAUGAUCCUGAUGGAGGUUGGGUUGAUACUCAUCACUAUGCUGGUCUUGACGAGAAAGUAUCAGAAAUGACAUUAGAUGGCAAGUCCGAGGAAAGUGGAUCUAAGGCAUUAAGCUCAAACAGUGCUGGAAUCACAAGCAAAAGUGAGGAAGAUGAUGACGAUGAUGAUGGGGAAGCAGCUGAUAUGGAAGAAUUUGAAGAAAGUGGGUUGCUAGAUGAAAAUGACAAGGCAACGUUAGAUACAACACAAAGUUGUAAAGAUGAGGCCUCGGCUGUAGCGUCUUCAAAUACCGAUGAUGAUAUAAUUAGAACCAGAACUUAUGACCUGCACAUCACCUAUGAUAAGUACUAUCAAACACCAAGGCUUUGGCUCUUUGGAUAUGAUGAGAAUCAUAAAGCUCUCAAUGUAGAACAGAUGUAUGAAGAUGUGAGCCAGGAUCAUGCCAAAAAAACUGUGACUAUGGAAAGUCAUCCCCAUUUGCCAGGUCCUUCAAUGGCCUCAGUUCACCCGUGCAGACAUGCUGAAGUUAUGAAGAAAAUAAUCCAAACAGUUAUGGAGGGAGGAGGUGAACUUGGUGUGCAUAUGUACCUUAUUAUCUUUUUGAAGUUUGUUCAAGCCGUCAUUCCUACUAUCGAGUAUGAUUAUACGCAAAAUUUUACUAUGUGAUCAGUUAAUAGCGACACCAGUUUAUUCUGCCCCUACAAUUAUUACAAUUUUUUGUAGGACACGGUAACAGCAUAAGGCAUGUGUAUUCUUAAAAACGAUUAUUUUACAGCAAAGCAAUAUUUUUAAUUAGAAUGGGCUGAACAGUGCCUAAAACAGGAAAGGACAUGCAUUCCUAAAUGUUAAUGAAGUAUCUCAUUGUAAAGAAUUUUUAUUGCCCUGCUAAUCAUAUAUUGCAUCACAUUAUUAUAAUUCAGCAAGUUCUUUGGUAAUCUUCUUGCAGUUAUGAUUUCAAAUAUAGAAUUUAUAAACACUCUCUUUCAAAAUAAAGAUCAGAGUAUUCUGAAACACUUUCCAGUAGAA